AUUUUUUAAAGCAAAGUAGGAGUAGCUUUUAGUUUCGCCAUACUAUAUUUUCGUUUAGUUGUUCAAUGUAAUUGUUUGAAAUUAUUAUGUAGCCAGAGAACAUUUAAAUUUAUAGCUGCAAUCAAAGCUCGUGACCAGAGCAUAGUUGCUUUUGUAAGUCGUAAAAGAUGGGCAAAAAAGGCAAGAAGGACAAGAAAGGCAAGAAGGCCAAGAAAGGUGUUUUCGAACCUACAAAUGAAGAGCCAGCACUCCCGCCUGAACCAGUAUUCGAUAGAAGUGUGCCCGUCUUCUCUUUCGACAUUAUCAUAACAAGACUGGAGGUAAAGGGCGUGGUACUGGCAGAUCCUAGAAAACUGCUGGUAAAAGUUUCCUUUGGGGACAAGAAGCUAAGCCUUACAGCCAGCCGGACCAACAUAAGCGAGUUCAAUCCAAAUGCCAGCCUGGCCUUCCAGGCGGACCCACCGACUCUGGCCCAAAAAGUCGAAGAAAAUGGCCUGAGCAUUGAGGUGAGGUACGAUGAUCAAUUGGUGGGCUUAGGUGAGGCGCAACUGCCCAAAAGAUUAACUGGCAGGAUAAAACUGGACAUGAAGGCGUUCUCCUACACAAGCACUUGCCCCCUGAAUAUCGGAAUAAAGGAGGUUGGAGGCCUGGAGUUUCUGUGCAAGCUGUUCAUUAAGUGUGGCGAUUAUGCCAGGGAGGGUGAAACCUGUCCCAACUUAAAUAGGAACAUCAGCCCCAAGGACAUAGUAUUUGUCAUUGGAAAAUCGCAGGCUAAUACCAGCUGCUGCGACCCCUGCCGAGAUGCUCUGGAAAUUGAGGCAAGAAAGCAGAAGGACUACACAAUUCAAGCAAAUUCUAGUCGACGAUAGAGCAACUUUUGCUUCGCUAUCAUUAUUAUUGGUUUUAAUAUAGGCAGAAAAAAUAAUUUAAAACUGAAAUAUAAAAUUUCACUUACUUAAAAACAUCAGCAAACUUUCCAAGGUUGUAAGAUUGUUGUAAUUUGGCUAAUAAAAUUACUGAACUACUA